AUGAGCGAUAGCGAUUCAAGCGACUCUCCGCCCAAGAGGCGCAAUGCUAGUGCUCGUGCGCAUCAAUGGAUGACUAAGGGUGCCCUGGUUCGCGAUGAUUCCGACGAUGAACUAGGCGUUGAAGACCUCCCAUGGGUCUGGAUUUACGAUACCAAUGAAGAGAUUAAGGAGGAAACCGAACCCAAAAAUGGCAGUCCAGAAAAGCGCAGCCGCAGGCGCUCCUCGCGGCCUGCCCGCCAGAGCCGCCGAAUUGUCGGUGCACGGAUGGGACAAUUCGUGUGCAAAGUAGGCGAGGUCGUUCUUUUGAAGUCCCCCGAGCCUGGCAAGGAUUGGGUCGGUAUCAUAUCGGAAUUUUUGGAGGAGGAGGAUGAAGAUGAGGAAGAUGAGGUGGUCAAAUCGGCGAAAAUCAUGUGGUUCGCAUCGCCCGAUGAGUUCAUGGGUACCAGGAACAAACGCCGAAUCGAUGCUUUGCCGAACGAGCAAUACCUCACACUCGACUUCAACAGCAAUCCCUUGACAUCUAUCAGCGGCAAAGGCUCCGUCAUGUCUCAAAAUGCCUUCUAUGCAAAAUACCCGAACGGUCCUCCGAGAAACAAGAAUGAGUUGGCGGAAUACAACAAAUGCAUUAUUUGUCGGCGUGGUGUAAAUCAGGUGCAGGGACGCUAUACCGAAGAAUUCAUUUGGGAACAGGUAUAUGAUAUCGACAACAUCCACACGCUCAUCGACCUGGUGAGGAACACAUUGAAGACUUCCCGAAAACGCAGGGCUGCAGAUGAUGAAUAUGUCGAGGCCAAAGAAGAAACCGUUCCUACCACUCCAAGAAAAAGGCAACGAUUGACAGCAACAAAUGCCACGCCGCAGUCACAACGCAGAAAGGCUCUGACAACCCCGACUCAUAAACGGAUUGUUGUGAAGAAGCCUCUCGAGUUUACACCUUUGGGCACCCGUGUCCUCUCACCCACACACUUUGACUCCCCCUACCGCCAAGCUCGCAACUUACUACAUGUUUCUACGGUCCCUGACUCACUGCCAUGCCGAAAAACCGAGUUCAACACCGUAUACAACCAUCUCAGUGCCGCGAUUAUGGAAGGCACAGGAGCUUGUAUCUACAUCUCGGGUACCCCUGGUACUGGAAAGACUGCCACAGUGCGUGAGGUGGUAGCGCAACUCAAUGCUGCCGUACAUGAAGAAGAGAUGGACGAUUUCAUCUUCGUCGAGAUUAAUGGCAUGAAAGUCACAGACCCGCACCAAUCCUAUUCGCUAUUGUGGGAAGCGUUGAAGGGUGACCGUGUAUCGCCCUCCCAUGCACUAGAUUUACUUGAGCGGGAAUUCUCGCAUCCUUCCCCGCGUCGAGUCUCCUGUGUUGUGCUCAUGGAUGAGUUGGAUCAACUUGUUACGAAGAACCAGUCGGUCAUGUAUAACUUCUUCAAUUGGCCCGCUCUCCGCCACUCACGCCUGAUUGUAUUAGCUGUCGCAAACACGAUGGAUCUUCCAGAAAGAACCCUGAGCAACAAGAUCUCUAGUCGUCUCGGUCUCACCCGUAUCACAUUCCCGGGAUACCGCCACACAGAUCUAAUGGAAAUUAUCAGUACCCGUCUAGCCAAUGUGCCGGGCAACAUAGUCGAUCCAGAUGCAGUUCAAUUCGCGAGCCGAAAGGUCGCCGCCGUCAGCGGUGAUGCGCGACGAGCUUUGGACAUCUGUCGCCGAGCUGUUGAGAUUGCCGAGCAAGCAGCAGAAGAGGCAGCCAAAGCAGACGACGCUACAAAAGACGAGACAGAAUCAUUGCCUCCCACGCCUAGCAAAACCCCCGCCAGGCGCAACAAAGCAGCCGCACCUAAGGCAGGCGGUGAUUUAGUCAUUGCGAAACCUCUACCUGCGAAGGGCCAACCAGGUCGAGUCACGAUUGCAACCAUCAAGCAAGCCAUUCAUGAAGCGACAUCUACACCUUUACAACAAUCCCUCCGUUGUUUACCAUUGUCAGGAAAGCUCUUCCUUGCCGCCCUCCUGGCACGGGUUCACCGAACAGGAAUUUCAGAAUCAACAUUCGGCGAUGUUCUAGACGAAGCCCGCCGCAUUGCUGAUGCAGCUGUUGCCGUGGCUGGAGCCGCAGGAUCAGGCGUUAAAGACUUCUUGUUGGGCGGAGGCCCCAGCGCCCGAGUACGGGCCAUGGGACAGGCAGCCAUGUCGCUCAUGAACUCGGGUAUCUUGGCGCUGGAACAAGGUACUGGUUCUAAGAACGUGCUCGGUGGUACGACGAUCCCAACUCGCGGUGAUCGCAGCAGCAAAGUGCGGCUUAGAGUUGCCGCGGAAGAUGUUAGGUCUGCUUUCCGUGAAGAUAUUGAGGCUAAAGGGUUUGGAUUGGGGAUUGAGCAGUAA